AUGUCGCUUUACAUUUUCUUAUUGAAACGCGGGGUCUCUUCUCUGGGGGGAAAUGAAAUUCUGAAAAGUUUGAAAGGCCCGCCGUGCUAUUACCUUCUUUCCACCGUUCUUCUCUCUCUUACUCAAAUACCCAAAAAAACCCUAAGUCAUCACCAAAUCUCCGAUCUCCCACCGGAAAAAUGUCUCCACCUACUCUCUGCCCUCUCACUAUUUCUCUCAAUUAAAAACGCAAAAACCCUCAAUCAGAUAACCAUGGCUACUUCUCCCUUCCUUAUCUUCUCAAAAACCCCAAAUUUCUUUAGCUGUAAAUCAAUUGCGAAUCCGACCCAAAGACCGGUACCAUACUCCGAGCCCACUCUCCUUCUGGAAGAUUCUACACCUCGGCAUCGUCAAACUCGUUUGCUUCCUCCACCUUUGCCUUCUCGUCGAGCCCGUCGUCGUUCUUUCAGAGUCGAUCUACGUCACCUACACGUGUCAACGUAUACGGAUCAUCUCCAUCGGCAUUGA